AUGAAUGAAUGUGCUGGUGCAAAUAAGAAUAAAAAGAAGAACAAUAAUAAUGGCAGUAACAGGCCGAAGGGCACCAAUAAGCGUGAAGCUGGCGAUGCCACACCGUUAGAUGCACCGGCUCCAAACGAGAGUCAGGAACAGCAGCAGACUGUUAAUCAUUUUGGUGAAUCGCCGCGUCGUCAGGCGCCCAACAGGCAACAACGCCAGCUGCCAAGACAUCUGCAACAACAGCAGCAGCAGCAGCCUCAACAGGAUCAACAUCCGGUUGAAUUUGGCACACCGCGUCAUCAACAUGCCAAUGGAAAUGUUGGUGGCUAUAACAGCAGCAACACAACCGGCGGCGGCGGCAACAAUAAUAGCGACAAGGAUCGCAAGAUUCGCAGUGUGGCCAAGAAAUUGUCCGACAUAAAGAAGCUCAAGUCACGUCAAAGUCAAGGCGAAACCCUGGAAUUAAACCAGUUGAACAAAAUUGAAAUGGAGGCUAGAUAUCUGGAGGAGCUUAAGGCGCUCAAAUUGUCCGCCUAAUUAUCCAAGCCGAUCCCCAAAUGCCAUCAUUAUCAUCAACUGUUAAAUGUGUGAUACAACAACAAACAAACAAAACUAUCGAGAAACACUCAUUGAGUUGGUUUAUUUCUGGAUUCCCUGUAAUCUGUGUACUUUCGAACUUCCUUCCUCCCUCCCCUUAUAUAUUAAUUUGCUAUCGAAACAUGAAAUGUUUAGUGCUGUUUUCUUUACGUGCGCAAAUUUUUCAAAGUUAUCAAAAACAAAAUCAAGAUAAAAUAUGUUUUACUAUUGUGAUUUCUUUUUAUAUAAUAUAUUUUUGGCAACCACAAUAAUAGACUCAAUUCAUGUACCAAAUUGUGCUACACAGUAAAAACAAAAAAAGAAAAAUAAAUUUAAAAUUUCAAGAAAAAA